AUAAGUCAGUUCCAUCGGUUUGAAACAUGUGAAUAAUAAGCAUCAUGCAGUUUAAUAACAACUACAUUUUCUCAAUUUUUACGAUUUUGCAUGUUUUUUCUACGUCGUGCAUUGCCUACAAAAUAGGAGCAAUAUUCCGCGAGAGAGAAGAUGCUCACAUUGAGGCAGCAGUUAGGUACUCUGUCGAAUGGCUUUCUCAGCGUGGUAUUUAUGGGGACAUUGAUUUGGUAAUUGAAUAUAUUGAUGUCCUUGAUCACUAUGAUGCCAUCAAAAAAGCUUGCAAAAUGCUUGAAAAAGAUCAUAUUGUCGCAUUACUUGGUGGCUCCCACGCUGCCUUAAAUGCACAACUUGAGCGAAUCACGGAUGAUUUGGACAUUCCAUUUUUGACGGCAAUCGAUGAUUUGAGGACAGACAUGGGAAAGUCUAAAAUUGAUUUUUGGCCGCGCCCACAACUUUUUGAAGCUGUAGUUGACAUGUUUACUCAUUGGAGAUGGAAUCGAAUUGUUUUGGUAUACGAAGGUGAUGAAAGAAUUCGUCGCCUGGAACAACUCUUGGAAAGUGAAGAGUACGCUUCCAUUCGUUUUUAUUUAAUAAAAGUGCACGACGGAGAUUAUAUGAAAGCAGCUCGUCAAGUUAAAGAACUCGAAGAAUGUCGUCUCCUCCAUAAAAAAGAUUGCUCCGAGUUCAGUCGCCUCCUUGUUGAUAUGAAUCCAGAACAUACUUACACCUUUUUGCUUGCAUCUCUUCAAAUGGGACUCAUUGAGUUGAAGCACUGGUUUCUGCUCACCAAUAUGGAGCUUUCCACAAUGGACAUGGAACUUUUCCGCUAUAAUCAUGCUCGUUUCAUCUCGCCAUAUCCAGUCGAUUCCACUUUUCUGACUGAGAAUCGCGACGCGUUCAAUUUUUCUCACUUUAAGGAACAUAUCACAGAGAAAUGGGCAAUGAAAACCGACAACAGCCGGAACUUGAAGAUGAUGGAAGCUGUCUUCACUUUUGACGCUGUUUAUGCAUUUGCCAAUGUGUUCAACGAGUUGUCAAGCCAUAUGCAAAUGAAUGAUGUGCCACAAACAUUGUGCAGGAAGUCCUCAAGAAACUCGAGAAAAUAUCAACAUGGUAGAUCACUUAUUGAUAAUAUUGUUCAUAAUGAUCUACAUGGAUUGUCUGGGGAUUUGAGACGUUUGAACGGACAUCCUUUGAAGAGUAACUUCUCGAUGAGAAUUCAACUUUUGGGAUAUAGCGGACGGCUUGAUGAUAUUGGCUUCUGGGAGCCAGCGACAAAUGUGCAUGUUAACAUGUCAGGAGAUUCAAAAGCUCAAUUACAAAGAAAUGUUCAAGUAUCCGACGAGCUCAAGCCACAUUUCCGUGUGACAACAAUAAUGGAAAGACCAUAUGUGAUGCUGAAAAAGAAUCAUUAUGAACUUGAUGCUAACUCUAAAUUUGAAGGAUUUUGUAUUGAUUUACUUGCUGAAUUAUCCAAAGACCUAGGAUUCACUUACACAAUUCAUGCAGUUAAAGAUGGUAAAUAUGGAAAUGACAAAUAUGGAAAUGGAUCGUGGGAUGGAAUGAUGGGAGAGAUAUUACGUGGUGAAGCUGAGAUGGCAGUUGCACCACUGACUGUAAAUUAUAGAAGAUCGGAAGCAGUGGACUUUACAAAACCAUUCUUAUCCCUGGGAAUUAGUAUUUUGUACAAAGUUCCUGAUGAUCAACAACCAGAUUUAUUCUCAUUCCUAAAUCCAUUGUCAUGGCAGAUAUGGACAGCAAUUGCAACGUCUAUAAUAACUGUUACAUUGGGUAUGUAUUUCGUCGCUAACGUAACUCCCUAUGAGUGGAAUCUGAACUUCUCAUGCUGCACAGCACACGAACCUCAUCCAGCAGCAGCUUUUGCAACAAACCAAGAAGCACCAAUUGUCAUGUCCAACAACUACAGUUUCUGGAAUACAGUAUGGUAUGUUCUGAGCACAAUGCUCAAGGGCGGAUGUGAUUUUGGUCCGAGAGCAGUUUCAACGCGUCUUCUUGGAGGUACGUGGUGGGUAUUUUACCUGGUAAUAAUCUCGGCUUACACUGCAAACUUAGCUGCUGUCCUGACGGUUUCUCGUCCUUACAUUCCAAUCAAAAACUUAGAUGAUUUGGCCAAUCAGACAACAAUUUCAUACGGAACGAUCCGCGGAGGAUCGACAAUGCAAUUCUUCCAAGAAUCAAGAAUUGCUGCUCAUGUGAAAAUGUGGCAGUAUAUGAAAGAUAAGGACGUUUUUGUUACGAGUAAUGGAAAAGGUGUCGAAAGAGCACUGAGUAUGAACUAUGCAUAUUUGAUGGAGUCAACUUCACUGGAAUAUGAAACACAGCAAAAUUGUAAUUUAACUCAGAUUGGAGGUGUUUUGGGUUCAAAAGGUUAUGGAAUCGCACUCGCAAAAAAAUCCGAAUGGACAGAUCGAAUUUCUCGUCAAAUUCUAUUGUAUGCCAAACGUGGAAUCAUUGAAAUGAAAAAGACAAAGUGGUGGAGAAGCAAAGGAGCCGCAUGUGCGAGUACAGCGUCUGCGGUCAAGCAUGACCGAUUUGCUCUUAGCAUGUACAACGUUGCUGGUCUCUUCAUCACUUUGGGGGUCGGAAUCGUGUUGGCCGCAAUUGUAGUGAUAUUUGAGUUAAUUCAUAGAUGCCAUCACAUUGCCAAAAAAGAAGGAAAACCUUUCUUAGAAGAACUUUUGUACGAACUCAGGUUUGCUUUGAAUAUGAACUCGCUCUCCGAUCAUCGAUCUCGUCAAAAAAUGUCUACUUGCAACAGCAAUGGAAAUGGAAAACCGAACCAUUUAAACGAAAACGGUCACCUUAAAAAAACAACAAUUUGAAUUUUGACAAAUAAAAUUGAAAAAAA